AUGCCUGUCACAUUCUUGACGAUCAACGCCAAGGGUUUGAAUCACCCAGUGAAGAGGAAAUCUAUGUGGAAUGAGGCUAUCCAACAUAAGGGAGAUGUACUAUGUACACAAGAGACCCACUUUCAUAAACAGAAAAUGCCCUCCUGUACUCACCCUAAGUUUCCGCAUGUUUUUACAGCAAGUUCAUCGGCUAAAAAGGGUGGUGUACUUACUGCAAUCAGAGACACGGUGGCAUUUUCUAAACACAGCGAACUGGCCGACCCCUUGGGCCGGUACCACAUUUUUGUAUGUGAUAUUGCCUCUACUACGUACACUAUAGUUAAUGUUUAUGCGCCCAAUAACCAUCAGAUACGAUUUCUUCACCAAGUCCUUAGGAAGGCUAAGAAAGUUCAGAAGGGCUACCUCCUUCUCUGCGGAGAUUUCAAUCUCCCUCCCGACCCAUUAAUGGACUCAACGUCCUGUACAACCCGGCAUCGCCAUUCGCUACAACCACUCCUUCACGCUCAGGAACUUUACGAUGCUUGGAGGUGUCUCAAUGGAUCAGAAAGGGACUUUUCUUUUUUUUCAUCAAGUCACCGAAUCUAUACUAGACUAGAUCUUUUCAUCACGGACAAAUGGUUGCUGCCCAAAAUCACUGCAUCCAAAAUCAACGACAUCACCUGGUCAGACCAUGCCUCGGUGACGCUGUCGGUUGCUGACUCGCCGGGCGUGAAUUCAUGCUUCGUCUGGCGGUCCAACUCGAAGCUGAUCCAGGAUGGUUCCACCAAGGCUCAGUUGCAGGAAGAAUUGACUAAUUUUUUCUCUAGCAAUGUUAAUUCUGUUGCCAAUCCUAUGACUCUUUGGAAUGCCCAUAAGGCAUAUAUGAGGGGGAUUCUUAUAAAAAUGGGGGCUGGGGUUAGGAGAAGGAGGAGACAGCAAAUACAAGACCUGGUCACCAAAAUUCACACCUUAGAAGUCCAAAACAAACAAGACACAUCUCAGUUAAUAUCUGCUCAAUUAUCACAACUCAGAUAUGAUUUGCGACUAAUACUACUCGAUAAUUUUGAUUUAGCGACUAGGCGCCUUAAGAUGUCAUAUUAUGUCAGCGGCAACAAAGCUGGGAAGCUCCUGGCUAAUCGCCUUCGGGGCAUCAGAUACAAAACUAAAAUUCCCUACAUUUUACAUCCUAUCACGAAGGACAAGCUAUAUCAUCCACAAGCCAUUGCAGAUGCAUUUAGUUGUUACUAUAAUUCUCUCUACAAUUUGAAGGAGGAUCAAACCACGAUUCAGCCCACCGAGUCCAUGAUAUCCACCUUUCUGGACAAGGUCAGCCUCCCCCGAGUCACGCCAGCUCAGCUGGAUGAACUUAAUACGCCCUUCUCGGUCCCGGAGAUUAUUAAAGUGAUUGACUCCCUUCCUAUCAACAAAUCUCCGGGUCCCGAUGGGUUCAUAGGGGAGUACUUUAAAUCUUUUAAAUUUGAUCUCGCUCCCUAUCUAUCGGAUGUUUAUAACACUGCUGCCUCCUCCUCUUCCUUCCCUACUGAGAUGCUACGUGCUCUUAUUGUGGCACUUCCAAAACCUGGGAAAGAUCCAAUUACGCCACAGAACUUCAGACCGAUUUCUUUGCUAAACAACGAUCUGAAGCUCUAUGCCAGACUCAUCGCAAAUAGGUUAGUUGACAUACUACCGACUUUGAUCCAUAUGGAUCAAUCAGGGUUCACAAAGGGAUCUUCAGGAGUUCCAUCCUUUAAUCCACAAACAUUGUACCAGUAUGAAUACACAUUGGAUAUGCAAAUUGCAAAUGUUGCUAGAUCGUCAAUACCACAAACGCGGCUGGAGGUUAACGCCAAUAUGGAGACAUACAUUCUAUGGAGGAACCAGACCCAACCAGAGGAACAACUAGUAUAUUUACAGUUCAACAAUUUUACUUACAUAAAUAAGAAAAAAGCGAUUCCUAACAGAAAGGAGGAUACUACUGCUCAACACCUAAAAGAAGAUGUGAAGACCAAAGGCUUGAUGUUACCCUUUCUGUUCCACUGGCAUGCUGGGAAGGUGAUUGGAUUGUACAGCACAGGGGAAAACAACAAUCAUGUGUUGGAUUUAAAAAGAGGACUUGUCAGUUUAUUCCAGUUUAAUCCUCAGCCUGGGACUCAUUCCGAGGAAGAUGCUUUAGGAAAGUGUCAAGUUACUUAUAAUGUUUCUGAGGACUUCAUCAACAAGACAAAAGAUCUAAGCAGCUGUAUAAGAUCACCAUUUGGCUAUGAGGCAGAUCACCAGGUUUUUGGGGUAUCUUGGAACUCCUCCAGUAAUGGAUAUUUGUUACUUAAUGGCACAACAUUCCAGAAAGCCGUUUCUCAGGAAAGUUAUAAUUUGUCUGCCAACUUGGGAUCUCUCCUUGGAACUCACAUCACUUCUAGACAACAGUUAGAGCUUAUGUCCUCCAAGCCCGGUCCUCUAGAGAUUGUUGGAGAGAGCAUUGAGGUCGUACUGGGAAAGCUGCCUGAAAAAUACAGCAAGGUUCCAUUCCAAAGCCAUCCUCCAAUACAUCCAGGACCAUCAGAUGAAUCCAAUUUGCUCAAGAAGUACUUGGCAAUUUCCAAAAGAAAAAAACUGACUGUCCCUAAGAUAUCAACUGUCAAACACUUUCAUGCACUUGUGAAAUUUUUUAAGUAUGCCAAACAGAGGGAUAUUCAGCAGAUCUUCAAGGCAGCAUCACCUGAUUUACUACCGUUUUUUAUUGAUGCAGCAGUCGCAGCCCAGUCACAGGCUUCAAUAUUCGCACUUUCAGAUUUCCUGGAUUUUACCAAAAAGAAACAAGCAAAGAUACAUGAGAAAUUUUUAUAUUCUGCAGCCUUUGCAUCACAACCCUCUAUAGAACUCCUGAAGCUUGUGCUAGAUAAGCUUAGAGCAAAAGUGGCAACCCCAGAGAUUAUGGAAACAGGAAUUAUUAUAGCAGGAGCAAUUAUUGGCAAGAUCUGCAGAAUGGACCUUUGUGAAGAAGAGGAUGUUGAACUAGCAAAGGCCACGAUUUUGGAAGGGUUGAAUAAUGCAGAGGAUGAUGGUGAGAUGAAAAUAUACCUUCUAUCUUUGAAGAAUGCUCAGCUGCCUGAAACCAUCCCUACUCUACUUCAAUAUGCAGAGGAGCACACAGGGGAGGUGUGCAGUACAGCCUUGUCUGCUCUGCAGGCCUUCCCAUCAUACGAUUUAUCUGAUCAGGAGGUAAAGGACGCCAUGAAGAGUAUUCUCCAUCAAACACACCAACUUCACGAUAAAAAGAGUCGGCUUAUGGCAGCAGAGACUCUUUUGUUAGCAGAUUGCACUUUGGAGGAGCUUACAAAUAUUUCAGCGGGCUUACAACUGAUGGACAUUGAAUCUUCCAAAUUACUGAUAUCCAAGCUGCACAACAGGCUGAACCUCCAACACCCAUUAAAGAAACUCAGCAAGAACAAUAGUAAAAGUAUAUUUCACCAUAACUAUUGGUAUUUGUCACAACCUGGAAGAUCUGUUGUGUUUUCUGGAUUAUUGACUGCUACAGAUGAUCUGGCUUCCACGUAUGGUGCUGACCUUCUCUUCGCCGAUUCUGGGCUACUGAAAAGAAGUGCAUUUGACAUUACAUUGUUUGACAGCAACCAUCAUCUCAAGACAAUGCAGUUCGUUGUUGAAGCUCAAGGGUUGGAAUUUCUGAUCGACAAUGAGGAAAGGGAGGAUGAAGGAGAAGAUGCAUCAGUUGCAUUGUCAACUGCCUUGUUUGAUGUCCAGCUGCGGCCAGUGACAUAUUUCCAAGGAUACAUGGACCUAAUAUCUAAAGUGCUUUCAGCAAGUGGAGAACCUUUAAGUACGGUGAAAGGAAAUGUUCUACUAGUUGAUUAUCUGCAGUGGUUGCCAAUGCAGUCUGGGCUACAGGCCAUGGUCCAGUAUCAGGGUGGACUUGGUUACGACAUCUCAACCAACAUUGCUGUCAGCAUCUGGGACCAGCAAACAAAGGCAAACAUCAAUGCCAAAGCUGGUCUUGUGUUUGAGUUGAAGACAGAAGUUGACACCUCCUUCUUCCAUGUUGACAUGACAGCUAAGGUUGAAGCAGAGGGCACUAUUGACCAAGACACCACAACAACAGUUUCUAAGUCUCCAGCGUCAUUGUGUAUGGAGCUGCGGCAUGAUGAUAUUCCUUACAGAGAGACAUACAUUAUAACAGAAACCUAUCCAGAGGCACACACAACCCAUACUGUGCGAAAAGGAAGAAAAUCAACAUUGAGGGGGCGAGAUUUUCUCUUUCACCGUGCAAACUCAGAGAUGUGCGUCUUACAGAAGGCAGAGGAGGAAGUAAUCACAAAAUUGACAGCAUGACAGUGACAGAUGUAUAUCUCCCACAGCCAUGUACUGCGCCCCGCUAAUUACCAGGCAUGUCGACAAAACUUGUUACACAGCUGCACGAUGACUUUGUAAUUUGAAGAGGUCAAUAAAAUCCAUUGUGAAGGAAAAUCAGUCUGUGAUUGAGUCGCUCUAUAUAAAGCUGAGGUUUAAGGUGUGCUUCCAUUGUUGGAGAAAUGUUUGUCUUUCUGAAUGAAGACAAGAAAACAAGCCAUAGAUCUCAAAGACUCUAGGAAAGAAUCCACCUAAUAUUUCACCUAAUAUAUAGGUCCUCACGGUUGAUGUUGCUUGACAUUCAUUUUAAUAAAGACACAAAUUCAUUAAAAA